AGUAUUUCAUGAGUCUCAUGUGUCCACCAUGGUCCCUUCCCCUUAAUCUACCUACAUACUUAUCUUUAAACUCUCAAAUUCAGCACCUUCACUUCAUCAAAACUCUUACUAUUUCCCAAAAGUAAAGUAAAAGUCACCGAGUAACUAGAAUGGCUGUAAGCAACAACAUAACCGCAAUUCUAAACUUCAUAGCAACACUAUCCUCAAUACCAAUAAUAGCCUCCGGCAUAUGGCUAGCCUCAAAACCAGACAACCAAUGCAUCGCAAACUUCCGAUGGCCAAUUGUCAUCAUCGGCAUCCUCGUCCUCCUCGUUUCUCUGUGUGGUUUCAUCGGUGCUUACUGGAACAAACAAGGUCUCUUAGCACUUUACCUUUUCACUAUGGCACUCUUAAUCGCUGUCCUCCUCAUCGUCCUCGUCUUCGCCUUCGUCGUUACGAGACCCGACGGAAGCUAUGUUGUUCCUGAUAGAGGCUACAAGGAGUAUGGUUUGAACGGAGCUUCGUCUUGGUUGAGGAAAAGGGUGACUGGUUCGGGGAGUUGGAAGAAAAUUAGACCGUGUUUGGCUGCUUCUGAUGUUUGUGUUAAACUCGCACAGAAUUAUAUCAGCGCUGAUCAAUUCUUCAGUUCUCAUAUCUCUCCGUUGCAGUCAGGAUGUUGCAAACCUCCAACUGUCUGUGGAUACAAUUAUGUGAGUCCCAUAAUGUGGACAAACCCAGUGAAUCCCAUGGCUGAUUCAGAUUGCAACAUGUGGAACAAUGAUCAGAACCAGCUAUGCUACAAUUGUAAUGCUUGUAAAGCUGGUUUACUUGGGAACCUAAGAAAAGAAUGGAGGAAAGCAAAUAUAAUUCUCAUUGUGGCUGUGGUUGUACUUAUAUGGGUCUAUGUCAUUGCUUGUAGUGCCUUUAAGAAUGCUCAAACAGAAGACCUUUUCACUCGUUACAAACAAGGUUGGGUUUGAAUCUCAUCCUAUUUCCUCGUAGCUAUGUAACAUGGACACUUCAAGUUAUAAUCAAUCACUUCCAUUUUGUGA